AACAGGAAGGGGUCGUUCUCUACUUUCUCCAAAGCAAUUGUCUUGUUACCAUCCAACAUCGCUGUCUCUCUCUCUUCUUUGGUUUGUGGUCCUUCGCCCCUUUAAAGCUCGUUAGUUAUCACUUUCUCCUUAGUCAAUAUCUAACUACCAUACCCUUCUUCAUCGUCCUCAGAUCACUUCCCACAACCUAAGCUGCUGUUUCUUUCCUUUUCAGAUCCUCACUCUCUUCUCCUGCUUUAGUUUCACUCAAGAACACAACACCUCACAUUAUCAUCCUCUGCAACAAUAACCACAAGAAUCGCAGGUUACAUCUUACUAACGUUGUCUGUACUGUUCGAGCUAGCUAUACUAGGUUCUAGGAAGAAGAUGUCUAGCAGAAGAUCAAGGCAGUCGUCCUCGGGGACUUCCAGGAUUUCAGACGACCAGAUCAUCGAACUCGUCUCCAAGUUGCAGCAGCUCCUGCCGGAGCUCCGCAGCCGCCGCUCCUCCAAGGCGUCUGCAUCAAAGGUGCUUCAGGAGACUUGCAACUACAUAAGAAGUUUGCACAGAGAAGUUGACGAUCUUAGCGACCGUCUCUCCCAGCUCCUCUCCACCAUAGAUGCUGACAGCCCAGAGGCUGCAAUUAUCAGGAGUUUGAUUACGUAAUCGUUGUUGUAUUACACAUAAAUACAGUCAUAUCAUACUAUAUAUAUCUAUAUCUAUAUCUAUAUAUGAUCAAUCGUAUCCCCAUUAUCAUAAGGGGAUACUGAUCUCGAUCUCGAUCUCGAUCUCGAUCUUGUGGGUGGCUUGGUGUCCCGAGUCCUGGCUGGCCAACUCGAUAUGUUUGUAGGUUGUAGUAGGGCACGUACGUACGUUUAUUAAUUAGGAGUGGUGAAAUAUAUGUUUGUAGCUAAUUAAUCCUCGUCAUGGGUUAUGUGCGGGCGCUUAAUUGGUAUAAUUAAGAUUUCCUUUUACAAUAAGAAAAUGUUUGCUAUA